GCCCAAGCCCAACGCAGGUCCUAUAGGCCCCGCAGUAGCGGCAGCGUUUCCAGCGGCUCACGCAUCGCCGUUGCCAUCUCCACCGAUCCCCCCUUCCGCGCACCACAGCGAUGGCCGGCGGCGGCAGCGGAGGUGGCGGAGACAUCGGGGCUGAUUCCGAGAGGCGCCUCAAGAAGGCUAUGGACAAGCUCUACCACUUCCCCAAGCCCAAGCCUAACCCCAGCCCCAGCUCCAAACCCCCCUCCUCGUCCACUCCCAGCUCAUGGAGGGCGGGGAAGGCGGCGGAUGCCGGGAGGAGGUUCGGGGUUGUGCGGGGGUCGCGGCUCCCGCCGCAGAUGGCCGCCAUGUCAGCGAUGUCUCCCCCUCCGUCGUGCCGCCCGUGGAACCGCCGUGACCUUGUGCGGCGGCUCUCCUCAUUCAAGGCCAUGACAUGGUUCGCAAAGCCCAAGGUUGUUAGUCCUGUUAAUUGUGCUAGGAGAGGGUGGACUAAUGUUGAACCGGACAUUAUAACGUGCGAGGCAUGUGGUGCACGUCUCCUCUUUACCUCUCCUUCCUCGUGGACACCACAGCAAGUUGAAAAGGCUGCUUCUGUUUUCAGCUUGAAGCUGGACACUGGACACAAACUACUCUGUCCAUGGAUUGACAACAUAUGUGAUGAAUCACUUGCCUUAUUUCCACCCACACCUCCUCCUGUUUUAGUCGAGAACUACUACGAGUGCUUCUCAUCUCUGCUGCGGCUUUCAUCACUUCCAAGAAUUUCACUCUCUUCUCUGGAUAUCAUGAGGAAGCGGAGUCCACAGCUAGAACAGUUCCUAUUGGAGCCGUUCUCUUCAUCAGUUGUCCUUAAAGGGGGAUUUAUGCUUACUGAAGACUCAACUAUUAGGGAUCUAGAUGGCACUUUUCAAGAUGCUGGCAUAUAUUAUGAGGCACUCAAGAUAAUAAGCUUAUGUGGAUGGGAACCACGCCUACUUCACUAUGCUGUUGAUUGUGCAACCAAAUCUCACCCAGAUGCAAGCUCUACCUCCAUAUUUGCCCAACCAGAGCAAAUGAACAACAAACUGGAAGAUCGGGUCGUAAUUUACUCCCACAAGGAAGUUGAUGAUUCUCCAGCAAUCCCAGAUGCUAAUCAGGGAGAUCAACAUUAUGAUCCAUCAUCUGUUGUUUUAGAUUGUCAGUUUUGUGGAGCCUGUGUUGCCUUGUGGCAUUUUUCACUUGUAGAGCGACCUCUUCAACUCUUUAAACUUGUAUCAGAUUCGAAUACACAAGAUGAGCAAAAUAAUGGGCAUGCCAACCUAGUCAGUGGAGUGGAACCUUCAAAGUCUGCAAAUGUUGGUUUUAAUUUCACCAUUGCUGGUGGUCCUCCGCCUACUAGACAGAGUUUUCGACCAAGAGUUUCAUUUCCUGUUGUCAGUCGACACUUGAAAGCUGACUUGAACUCCCAUGGAAAAUCGUUUUCAUCCGGAAGUGAUAGAGACAUUGUUUCUAUUGCUUUGCAUGCUUCAGGGCCCAUGAAGCGCAAACGAAGCAUGGAUAAGCUUCAUAUGCUGGAAGGCGUAAACACAACCUCCAAUGAUGUUGAUACAUUGGCCAAAGGGGUGCAUCAGGAUCAUGAAGGUGAUAAUUCUGAAAAGCAGAUUGCAAACUUGGGAGUAAGCACGGAUGAAAUUCAAGGGUGUUCACUUUCAAAUACAACUAAGGAUACCAAUAUGGAAGAAGUUUCAAAUAGAGAACCAGAAUCAGGUGUUGCCACAAGCAGAAGUAUAACGAGCACAAACUUGAAACUUGAUCAACAUGGAAUAGAUCCUAAGUUUUCACCUGUUGAGGAUACGAGAGAACCUACUAAUGACCGGAACUCUGUGCAGACACAUACAAACAUGUCCAAGCCAGUUGAGGUUGGCACAAUCAAAAAAUCGUCCACCAACAUGGAAAAAGGUGUACAGCCAGCAGGAAAGAAACAAGGCCUGUAUGAUCAAAUGAAUGAGUUUGAUCCUAUCAAGCAGCACCGGACAUUCUGCCCUUGGAUAUCCCCUGAUGACAGUGAUGCCUUGCCGGGAUGGAGGCUAACUCUUUCGGCGUUACUUGCUCAGGAUAAAAGAGGAGAUGGAGUUUCAGAAUUGGAGACUAAGCUCAGCCUUCUCAAUGAGGAGGAUGAUCCCGUUACAUCUGUUAGAAAGCUUUUCAUGACACCGCCUUCCAAGAAGCCGAGGAUGCAUCAAGGAGAGAAGAGCUGAGAACCGUAUUGGUUUAUGCCGAAAUUUGGGUUGGGCAGUCAUGUCAAUGUCUGCAACUAGAUUAUCAGAUCGAGAGAAGCAUUUGUGCCUAAAACCGUUGGGCGCUGUAGGGAUGGGAACAAGAAAAAGGGAAACAGAUGGAGUUGUGUUCGGGAGAACUGCUCAGGACAAUAUGGCACCGGGAAUUUCUUACAAGACAAUUCAUUGGUCAUCUGUUCAUGUUAUGGUGAUUAAAGAAAUCUGGAGGACAUUGCGCAUUCAUCUCCUGUACCCGUCUGUUGCACAUGGCCGUAUCCUACAGAAUUUUGUACUAGCUUAGUAGUGGUGUCAUUUGCUGUUCAGCACCUGUAAACUGUAGAUUCUGAAUGUAUUUUUUUGAGCUGCAUAACUGUCAAUUUGACCGCUUACCUGUGUCAAAUGGAAAUGUAAGAUCUGAAUGUCCAAACGCCUGUAUCAGCUUACUUAUUUCCCCGAUCUAGAAUCCGAUUCGCUGGGCCUUGGCACCAGAAUUGCAGUUA